AAAGUAACAGAAUUUAAAUAAAAAGUGUGUUCUGAAACAGAAAUAUGUUUUAUAUAAAAUUUUAAACUCAAUUUCUGCUUGAAUUUUAACAUGUUCAUUUCUUUCUAUGAAAAAUUUUAUUUUUCAUCAGGUGAAUAUGGCUUCGGCUAAGUUGCUCAGUGGCCAUUUAGCCCUUGUGACUGGUGGUGGUAGCGAAAUAGGCAAAGCGGUGUGCCAGGCUUUAGCUUGUGAGGGAGCGAAAAUAGUGAUAGCAGACAAGAACGAAAAUGCAGCAAAAUUGACCUUACAAUCUCUUCCCCAAGGUGAAGAAAAUGUAUAUAUCAUGGAGGUAGUAGAUGUAAGUCAGUCUCAUAGUGUAACUAACCUAUUUACAUCCAUUAAUCAGAGGCUAUCCCAGGUGCCUGACAUUGUUGUAAAUAGUGCAGGAAUUGCACAUGAUGGAUUGAUGAAUGAAAUGACAGAACAAAUGUUUGAUGAUGUGUUAAAUGUAAAUCUGAAGGGUACUUUUCUUAUCACACAAGCUGCAUGUCGACUAAUGAUUUCAGAAAAAAUAAAAAAUGGUUCGAUAGUCAACAUUUCCAGCAUCAUUGGGAAAGUUGGAAACAUUGGCCAGUGUAAUUAUGCAGCAUCUAAAGCUGGUGUUGUUGGAUUAACUAAGAGUGUUGCCAAAGAGAUGGCUAGGCAUGGAAUUCGGUGUAAUGCCAUAAUGCCAGGCUUUAUUGAUACUCCUGUGGGUGUAACUAUUCCAGAAAAAGUAAUGAGUCAUUUCAAGAAGCUAACACCAUUGGCAAGAUGUGGUAAACCUGAAGAUGUAGCAGAAGCUUGCUUAUUUUUAGCAUCUAGCAAAAGCAAGUAUAUAACGGGUGAAGUUAUAGAGGUCACUGGAGGACUAUUCAUGUAACAAAAGUAUCCAUUUGGUUAGCUUAUCAGUGUAUUGCCCUACAUUCACUAAUUGGAAGGGCAAUUAUAAAGGUGCAUAUAGGUAACUUCCAUCAUCUUUGUUUGUGCGAUUGUACAAGUAUGUGAACUAGAUCAGUGGUUCUCAAACUUUAGUAACUCAAGGACUCCUUUCCCUUUAAAAUUUUUUUGUGGACCCUCAAACCUAUCGAUGUUUUUUUGUUUUGAAAAAAGGAUUCUGUGUACUUGAAAGGGUGUAUUGUAAAAUUAAAUGUUUUAAUUCAUGUGACAUUAAUUUUACAAAAAAUAUUUUUUAUUCUAAAAAUCAUAUUUUUUAAAAUAUUUUUAUGACAUUUUGGACAUGACUUGCUGACUCCCUGAAGUACCCUUGUGUACCCCAGUUUGAGAGACACUGAACUAGAUGGUUCUCAAUUUCAUUUGAUAUAUUAGAAUGUCAUAAAAUUAACAUUACUAUUUUAUUUCUUGUUAUAACCUUUGUGGGUAAUACUUACAGUGUACAUUUACCUACAAGACCAACAAUAAUUUAUGAGCCCAAAAUUAUGUUGCUAUGCUAUUUUGUAUCUUAUUUAAUAUAUCAUCAUAAGAAACCUAACUAUGAAAGUUAAGUGCUUAUAAAAAAAUAUUUAUUGUCAACCAAAUUAUCAUUUUAAAUUUAUGUGGUAAAUAAAGUUUGUGUGUAUAUAUAUAAUAUGUUGCAAUGGUUACUGUAUAUUACUAUUUUUUUACAAAGAAAGAUAGUUGUAUGUGUAUCAGACAGAUUUCCAGGUGGAAGUUCAUGCAUAUAAACUAUGCUCGUGAAUACAUCAUUUUAUAUUUGCCAAAUUUCAUUUCAUUGUCAUAGAUAGUGUAUCCACUAUGAUGAGUUGUCUAAACCCUAUUGUAUAUGUGAUUGUUACUGUUUAUACUAAGAAAUGUUAGAAAACCUAAGUAUGAUUUUAUAGCAAACAUUUGGCACAUUUUUGACAAGUGUUGAAACUGUGUGUAAAUGUGAGCAGUAAAUGGUACUACAAUAUAAUGUGAAUAUAGUUUUUGAUUUUAUUGUAUGAAAUGUACAUAAAAACAUUUAAAAACAGAAUGGGAUAAGUUCAAGAUAAGAGCCCAAAAAGAAUCUGUUGUGUGCCAUUGUUAGUUCUGCAUACUCACUAUAUGAUAUUUUGUCUUUGUGCUAUAUUAUUUUUAAAGAAUUACAAAUUAAAUUAACAGUAAAUUCAUGUUUUUUCUAGAAAAUUUAUGUGGUGAUGUUUUUAACAAUCUUUUAUGAGUUUGUUAAAAUUUGAAAAAUAUGAUGAAUUUAUCAUAGAAUUAAUAGUUCAUUGAAAUAGAGUUUUUUAUGAAUUUGGUAACUUUGCCUCAUACAAUUAAAGUAAGCAGGUAGGAAAAUUUUUUUUAUUUUUACUAAACCAUUUUCUUCCAUCAUGUGAGCAAUUGGGCAUGAUAACUGUGUGAACACUGACAAUUAUUAUAUAUAUGAAUUAAAAAUAAAAUUUAUUUUACUUGAA